AUGAGUAGCCGCCAUCUGCCGGCUGGGCAGAAUAUACCGCCGGCGCAAGGAGGGCCCGGAGGAGUUGGGGUGGGAGGAGGAGGAGGAGCGAAUGGGAUGCCUCACGGCACCGUGGACAUGACGAUGCCUGGUCAUGGGCAAGGACCUAAUCUAGGUCCUCGAAGGAGACAACAGCCAGCUCAUCCGCCGCCUCCGCAUCAUCACCAGUACCAGCAUCAGUAUCAGCAGCAUAUGACCCCUCCCAUGUAUUCGAACUAUAUGCCCUAUACUCCGCAACCAUACUACUCUGGGAUCCCGCCUCAAUAUCCCAAUGGAGGAAUGCCUUCGCCGGGUUAUAUGCAUUACCAAAACCAAGGGUAUCCUAGAUCGCCUCAACCCUCUAUGCAUCCGUAUGCCACCAUGGUUGGCGUAACAGUCCCGCCCAGCUAUUCUCGUCCUCAUCCCCAAAGCCCAGCGCCGUCAACGCCGUAUCAGCCACCUCCGGUGUCCGUGCCGAUCCCUCCGCAUACGCCGUCCUCAACACAUUCAUCACAGAUUCCCCCUCCUCCAACCCCUCCUACACCUCAGACAGUCGAAUCUGUGGUAUCUCCACCGCCAUCCCAGGAGGCGCCAAAAAGCCCGCCCCCACCCACAGCUCCAUUCCGUGCUCCGCUACCUUGGCUUUCGAGACCCGAUCUGCCGUUCCCUGUUCGCUCGUCGAAGCUCAAGACUUCUAGAAAAUUACUAGCCUCCGGUAGUGUAAAUGUAUCUUUACCUAUCGAACGUCAUGAGGCCUCAGCUGGCCAAGAGAAGAAGGAGGAGGCAACUCCUGCUCCUGAGAAGUCUCAAGAUGGUGCUUCGGAACCCAAAACACCUGUGGCAGAGAAGGUGGCUUCCACUACAGGAUCGGAUGCUUCUCAGUCUGUUCAGCGAUCGCCCGCCUCGGUAAAGGGCGUAGUCAUCAAUGGACGACCUGUGGCCCAACCUGCGCUCCCGCUGGUGUCUCUGCCAAAGGGCGCUCCCAAGCCACCGGCACCCCAGAGCCCGCGGCAAGAGGUCAAGGGACAGGGCUCUGUUCAGGCAGGGGAUGAACACGUAGAGGGUGCUGCUGUCGCUGUUACCGACGAGACUGCCGAAAAGGAGGUGCCAGCUUCCGCCCCGGCCCCUAAGCCAGCACCUUCAAGCUGGGCCAACCUCUUUGCAAAGCCAGCUGCUUCGCAAGUCAAGUCUUCUGCUUCAGCCACGGGAACCGAUGGUGCUUCAGUAGUGAACGGGCAUGACGCCGAGGCGUCUUCUGACGCUCCUUCUACCACUUUCCCAAAGUCCAAUGCCAAUAAUGUCGCCGAUGCCAUUCGAUCAUACAAGGUUAACGCUACUGAGAAUAUUGGCUAUAUUGAACCUCGGGGUUUGAUCAACACGGGGAACAUGUGUUAUAUGAAUUCAAUUUUGCAAGUUUUGAUGUUCUGUGUACCGUUUUAUGACUUCUUAAACCAAGUCAGUAGAAGAGCCGCUCAUAGCUUCAAGAGCGACACGCCAUUGAUUGAUGCAAUGAUCAUGUUUAUGCACGAAUUCCCUGUCAUCAAGUCUGCAAGCUCAGUGGAGCAACUUCGACGCUCUCUGAAGCCUGAAGAGGUAGAACGCUACGGGGAGCCCUUCAUUCCUGAGUAUGUGUAUGCUGCAAUCAAGCAGCUCCCGCGGUUUGCAAGCAUGAGGCGAGGUCACCAGCAAGAUGCUGAAGAAUUCCUAGGUUUUCUUUUGCAAUCACUUGACGAUGAGUGCACCCAUGUGUUGGGAACCUCGCUGUCCUCUGUGGCGCUAAAUUCCAACAGUGACAGCCCGGUGAGUGACAAGGCAGUAGAUGAUUGGCUUGAAGUGGGAAGAAAACAAAAGGCUGCCGUGACGCGCUUAUCUGGUACCAACAUCACUACACCCAUCACCAAGAUUUUUGGCGGUUUGCUUCGAUCUGAGUUCAGAGUCCCAGGGCUGAAGGACUCUAUCACAACCGAGCCAUAUCAACCACUUCAAUUGGACAUUGGCUCACCUGAAGUCCGCAAUGUUGUUGAUGCUUUGCGAGGUUUGACACGACCCGAGCGUCUCCAGGGCGACUUCAACUCGCCCCGAGGCAAGGAGGUUACCGCAACGAAACAAGUUUUCAUCGAAACUCUUCCGCCAGUUCUUAUUCUUCACCUGAAGCGUUUCCAAUUUGAUGCCGAGGGCCAUGGCACCAUUAAGAUUUGGAAGAAGAUUGAUUACCCACUUGAGCUUGAGAUUCCCCGCGAAGCUCUGUCGAGGCAGAAUCGUCAAUCUGACUCUAUGCCUAAGUACAAGUUGAUCAGCGUUGUUUACCACCACGGAAAGAAUGCAAGCGGCGGACACUACACAAACGAUGUGCGCCGCCCAGAUGGACAGGACUGGCUCCGUUUCGACGAUACAGUUCUUCGACAGGUCCGCAGCGAUGACGUUGCUGAGAAGCACCUUCCUGAGGAUGAGAAGAAUCAUCGGAAGGAGACCGAGCCUGUAGGCGCAUCUGGGAACCGUUACGGUGCCAUGGACGAGGGGAAUGGGGACGACGAUGGUUGGAAGCAGGUCACAGUUUCUGCCAAUGGCAACAAGCGAUGGAGCAGCGUCGUUAACGGCGCUGGAAACGCGUCCAAGGGGAAGCAGACCAAGGACAACAUCAAGGAGAACAAGGUCGCGUACCUCCUUUUCUACCAAAGGGUUUGA